AUGACUGUUGACAAACCCUCAAAAGAACAGCUUGCGCAAGAGGAAACAAAGAAGAAAGAUGCCGAUGAAGCUAAAGAAGCCCUUCCAUCGUACGAAGCAGUGCAGCAGGAUGAGCUAUCUAUUCCUGCGUUCCCGCCUCUCGAAUUCUACGCGCUUGAAUCAAGCAAGACCGUCGAUAGAAACCGGUGUAUCCUGCACUUAAAGCUACUUGCAGCGCUUGCCGACUUGCGAGACACCAUUUCUAGCAUCGAUGGUCUAUUUGGCAUUGGUGAUUCUCUUGCAGACAAGUUCGUUGAUGAAGCGACAAAGUACAAGGCCCUCGUGCGUAUCAGGGAGAAAAGAUGGGCAGUCUACACUGCCAGGGCGGCAGAUCGUUACGUGGACUGGUGGACGAAGAUACUGCCGUCUUCUGGAGAUCCCGUUACUGUUUCUUCCAUGAGGAGUACGAGUUAUAAUUCCAUCACUCGCCCAUUACUAUCACCGCUAAGUUGGACGACGAAGAAAUUACCACCUCUAGAUGUCCUCAUGGUUUGGCAUGCUCACAUGCUGAACCCUCGCGCGUAUCUAGAAGAUUGUAUUCGAGAGACUAGAAUGAAUAUCUGGACUGCUGACUUUCCCUGGAAACUAGUGGAUAAUGCCAUAGACGCCCAGUCUUUUGAUUAUGACCCCGGAGAAGAUGCCAGACAACAUUUUGAGAAGACUUCAGGACGACCCUGGAACAACUUAGAUGAGUCGGAGCAGAAGAAAUUCAAGUGCCUGCUGUGCUCAGCUCAACUAACCGUUCCUUGGACGACCGGAGAGUUUGGAGCUUCACCGGAUUCUGCAUUCAAGUACUGCACUGGACAUCGAGUCCUCGACUCCACAGAAGCAGACCGUAAUAUACGCAAUAUGAAUGGUGUCAAGGCACUUCUCGAAUCUCUAAUGGCCGACCCCCAGUUGGUGAUGCGCGUAAAAGUCCGUCCGAGAGUGAAAUUGAGCAGGACACAGAAGAUAAGCAUUCGACGCAUGAUGUCUCACUACUGGGAAAAUAGUUCUAUAUUUUCAUUGGACCUCGUGGGCGCGGUCAUCCGCCAAGGCACAUUCAUACAGAAAAUGGACAAUAUUGACUGGAUACAUUCGCCUGCUCUUUCUGCGACAAUGGAUCGGUUGAUACGCAAAUACCGCAUCUUCUUCGAAAUCAUGAUGGAUAACCGAGGUAAAAUGGCGGUGCCCACCUUAGAUGUCGAUCUUGCAUGGCAUACGCAUCAAAUGUCACCAUUUCGAUACUGCAAUUAUUCCAGAACCCAAUCUCUUCGAUUAGGUGCCCAGAUAUUCAUAGAUCACGAUGACAAGGUCGAUGAAGGCAAACUCUCGGAUGCAUUUCAAUGGACGAGCAAGCAGUACAUGAAAGUAACCAAUGGCGAGCUCUAUAGCGAAUGUACAUGUUGGUACUGCGAAGCCUCCCGCGAAUCUUUCCUCUACUCUUCCCUUCCUUUCCCAUCGUCAUCCACUAGGCGUUCACGCACCUUAGUCGAAAAUCUUCACGACGAUCCCCAAAUUUCUUCCAACCCUGACAAGAACCCUCACAUUUCCGCGCACAACGCCGUGCGCAUCGAGGAUGGCCAUGGCUGGGCCCAAAACAGCGCGAACCUGAAAGCAAUGCGUCUCCGGCAGAUGUGGGAAAAAGCACAUCGUCGAGCUCAAAAACGGCAGAAGAAGCAGGGAAAAGCGACGGGUUCUGAUAGCGAGGAUCGUAACAGAUCGACAAGAUCGACUGAUGCUACUGACCCAUAUUAUCCGAUGAUAUAUGGGUAUCCAUAUUUUGUCCCCUAUUAUGCCCCAUACAUGGCCGAUCCGGGCAUUAACAGUGCUAUAUACCCCUGCAAUCCGGCAUGCAUGAGUGCUGGGUUAUCUUCAUAUGGGAAUUGCGCGGCAGGGACUUGCGGCAGUGGCGUUGCAGCUGGUGCAUGUGCUGGAGCUGGAGGCGGAGCAGGUUGUGGUGGAGGAGCUUGCGGUGGUGGUGGAGGAGGAGGAGGAGGAGGGGGAUGCGGAGGCGGAGGCGGAGGCGGAGGCGGCUGUGGUGGUGGAGGUGGAGGCUGA